GUUCUCCAAUUCAGUCCAGCUAAUGGGAACGUGCUGGUAACUGUCUGUGCGCUUUCAUUGGAAUUACGAGCCCCCUAAUGUGCUUUAAACUAGGUCUAUAAUGUUGUAAUAACAGCACGUUGGGUCACCUCCAAGAGCGCCCCCAGUAUCCAUGUUUUACCACCUUUCUCUCGGUCAUCGAUUAGAAAAUGUAGUCCCCCGGGUUUUAAGGGCGUGGGAGGAACCCGUCCAAACUGAAGGUGAAAUACGGCCCCGACAUAAAUUUUAGCAAACUGACAAUAACCAGCCCUAUUACCUGCGGGAAGCGUGACCUGACGAAGUAGCGUAGGCUACCCUUUGGCCGCUCGACCAAUCAUUCGUGUUCUGCUACUUGGCUAGGCGGUUCACAUCGGAGAGAGAGGAGGAAAGAGACGAGUUCGCCAAUCCUCUGUUUCGUGCAUGCUCAGUUGCUGCACCUGCUGUUGAUAGAUACGGGGUUCUGUUUUUACCGACACCGGGAAACGGGUUAAUGUCAGCAUGAGCGGUGGUGUAUACGGCGGAGAUGAGGUAGGCGCCCUGGUGUUUGACAUCGGGUCCUUUUCCACCCGGGCAGGUUAUGCAGGAGAGGAUUGCCCCAAAGCUGAUUUUCCCACUUCUCUGGGAGUGCACAAAGAGGAGGAGGGGCCAGGCGAUGCAGAGGCGGGACAAGAUAGUGCUGUUGGGAGGAGCUUUUACUUAGACACACCCGCUCUACAUGUGCCCCUAGCUGGAGUGGAGCUAAUCUCACCACUGAAGAAUGGCAUGAUUGAGGACUGGGAAGCAUUCCAGGCAAUAGUGGAUCAUGUGUACAGCAAAUACAUUAAAUCAGAGCCCAACCUACACCCUGUGCUCAUGUCUGAGGCCCCAUGGAACUCUCGCGUGAAGAGGGAGAAGCUGACUGAGCUGAUGUUUGAACACUACAACAUACCCGCCUUCUUCCUGUGCAAGACUGCCGUUCUCACUGCCUUUGCUAAUGGCCGUGCAACAGGACUGGUGCUGGACAGUGGAGCUACGCACACCACCGCCAUCCCAGUGCAUGAUGGGUAUGUCCUGCAGCAAGGUAUUGUUAAAUCUCCCCUGGCUGGAGACUUCAUCACGAUGCAGUGCAGAGAACUGUUCCAGGAGAUGAACAUUGAGAUCACACCUCCUUACAUGAUUGCAUCCAAGGAACCGGUGAGAGAGGGUGCACCCGCUAACUGGACUAAGAAAGAUAAACUCCCUCCUGUCUCAAAGUCCUGGCACACCUACAUGUGCAAUGAGGUGAUUCAUGAUUUCCAAGCAUCUGUUCUGCAGGUGUCUGACUCCCCCUAUGAAGAGCAGGCUGCGGUUCAGAUGCCAACUCUGCACUAUGAGCUGCCAAACGGCUUCACCACCGACUUUGGAGCUGAGCGCCUACGUAUCCCAGAAGGCCUCUUUGACCCCUCUAACGUGAAGGGUUUGUCGGGGAACACCAUGCUGGGAGUAGGUCAUGUGGUGACCACUAGCAUCGGCAUGUGUGACAUCGACAUUCGGCCAGGACUGUAUGGCAGUGUGAUUGCCACUGGGGGCAACACACUGCUGCAAGGAUUCACAGAGAGACUCAACAGAGAACUGUCAACGAAAGCUCCACCGAGUAUGAGGUUGAAGCUCAUAGCCAGCAACAGCACGAUCGAGCGACGAUUCAGUUCCUGGAUAGGAGGGUCCAUACUGGCUUCACUAGGCACCUUCCAGCAGAUGUGGAUCUCCAAACAGGAGUAUGAUGAAGGGGGGAAACAGAGUGUGGAGAGGAAAUGUCCAUAAAUGCACAAACACACAGAUACACCCACACACGCACACACACACACACACACACACACACACACACACACACACACACACACACACACACACACACACACACACACACACACAAAGCGAGAGACACACAUCAUAUCACUAAAGAAACACCAGAUUAAACACAGUUUUGCAUGAUA